CCGAUUCUUUUCCUCCCGGUGUCAAAAUCGCACACGAAGUUGUGUGUUGGAGUGGGAAGAUAAAAUUAGCAGUUUUCCUUUCACUGGUAGUGUGAAUUUACUUUUCAAUCAUCUGCGAGUUGGUACGAGAUGAGCGGAAUGAUACGACUUCCAACGGUGCUAGCCAAGAACGCGCUUUCGGCGGUUCGAGGCCUGACUGCUGGUACGUCACAACGAAACUUGCAUUUCACCGUUGGGCAGAAUAAUGCCAAAUCGAACCCAGAUGCCAUUUCGCGAGAGUAUCCUGUCGUGGAUCAUACCUACGAUGCAGUGGUCGUUGGUGCUGGUGGAGCUGGUCUCCGUGCCGCGUUUGGGCUGGUAGCGGAGGGAUUUAAGACUGCCGUUAUCACAAAGCUGUUCCCCACGCGUUCCCAUACCGUAGCCGCACAGGGUGGCAUCAAUGCCGCGCUCGGCAACAUGGAAGAGGACGACUGGAAGUGGCACAUGUACGAUACGGUGAAGGGAUCGGAUUGGUUGGGCGACCAGGAUGCCAUCCACUAUAUGACCCGUGAAGCACCAAAGGCAGUCAUCGAGCUAGAGAAUUAUGGAAUGCCGUUUUCGCGUACGCCCGACGGCAAGAUCUACCAGCGUGCGUUUGGUGGGCAGAGUUUGAAGUACGGCAAAGGAGGACAGGCCCAUCGGUGCUGUUGCGUUGCGGAUCGUACCGGACACUCGCUGCUCCACACGCUUUACGGUCAGUCGCUGAGCUACGACUGUAACUAUUUCAUCGAAUAUUUCGCCAUGGAUUUGUUGAUGCAGAAUGGUGAGUGUGUUGGUGUGAUUGCGAUGAACCUGGAGGAUGGUAGCAUCCAUCGUUUCCGGGCGAAGAACACAGUGCUGGCCACCGGUGGGUACGGACGUGCGUACUUCUCUUGCACCUCGGCACACACCUGUACCGGAGACGGUACGGCAAUGGUUGCGCGAGCCGGUUUGCCAUCGGAAGAUUUGGAAUUUGUACAGUUUCACCCGACGGGCAUCUAUGGUGCCGGUUGUCUGAUUACGGAAGGAUGCCGCGGUGAGGGUGGUUAUCUAAUCAACUCACAGGGCGAACGAUUCAUGGAGCGCUACGCUCCGGUCGCGAAGGACUUGGCAUCGCGCGAUGUCGUGUCACGUUCGAUGACGAUUGAAAUUCGUGAAGGUCGCGGUUGUGGCCCGGAAAAAGAUCACGUUUACCUGCAGCUGCACCAUCUGCCCCCGGAGCAGCUGGCUCAGCGACUGCCGGGAAUUUCGGAAACAGCAAUGAUUUUCGCCGGUGUUGAUGUAACCCGUGAACCCAUUCCCGUGCUGCCGACCGUGCAUUAUAAUAUGGGCGGUGUGCCGACGAAUUAUAAGGGUCAGGUGCUAACCACAGAGAAUGGUACGGAUCGUGUCGUGCCAGGAUUGUACGCUUGUGGCGAAUCCGCAUGUUCGUCGGUGCAUGGUGCUAAUCGUCUCGGUGCUAAUUCGCUACUGGAUCUGGUUGUGUUUGGUCGUGCUUGCGCUAAAACGAUUGCUCAGGAAAAUCGCCCAGGCGAGAAAGUCCAGGAGCUGAAGCCAAACGCAGGUGAAGCAUCGGUGGCCAACUUGGAUUGGGUGCGUAACGCGGAUGGGCAGCUGCCGACGUCGACACUGCGUUUGAAUAUGCAGAAGACUAUGCAAACGCAUGCAGCCGUUUUCCGGGAGGAGAAAACACUGCAGGAAGGUGUACGAAAGAUGAGUGACAUCUACAAAACCAUCAAGGACGUGAAAGUGUCGGACCGUUCGCUUGUGUGGAACUCGGAUCUAGUGGAAACGCUGGAGCUGCAAAAUUUGCUGCUGAACGCCAACAUGACGAUUGUGGCUGCCGAAAACCGUAAAGAAUCGCGCGGUGCCCAUGCUCGUGAAGAUUACAAGCAACGUAUCGAUGAAUAUGACUUCAGCAAACCUCUUGAAGGGCAGCAGAAGAAACCAGUUGAAGAACACUGGCGCAAGCACACGUUGACGUGGAUCGACCCAGCCACCGGUAACGUCACCAUCGAUUACCGUCCGGUCAUUGACGAAACGCUCAGCGAGGAGUGUGCCACCGUACCGCCAGCAAUCCGGUCGUACUAAACAAAAUAACAACAACACCCGAACGAUGUUUGCUGCCGUGUGAUCUAUUUUUGGGGGAGAGUAACGCUACUACGACGAGGAAAAGAAAAUCGGGCCUACGUCAUCCUGUGUCACGCUGUUGCACCUUUUCCUUCUAAUUAGUAAGAAGUGUACGAGAUGCUUGCAGCUAGCCUUUGGCUAUAGAAAGUAUUAUGUGAGUAUCGGUGGCACGUGUGCUUAUCGUUAUGACCUUGACCUUGACCACCGGGACUGUUACUUCGUUUGUAUUUGAACAAAGUUAAUGAGGCAGACAAUCAGGUUACUGAUAACGGUCAUAAGGCGCCUUUCGAUUGGGAUGCUUAAUCGCUAGGUGGUGCAUCGCUAAUCGCGGUUAUUUAUGAUUCUUUCGUCUUUCCUUUCAGUAACAACAUACAGCUCAGAUCACACCCCAUCACUGUUUAUUUAUUACAUCUUGAGUGUCGACAUUUUGCGUAAGAAUGCAUAAACGAAGGAAAAGAAGCAAGUUAAUACCUAACGGCAAAAUAAAUAGAGCACGUGCGAGAGUACGUAACGGUGGAAAGCGAGUGACCAAAUGUAUAUCUAGACAUGGUUCCACCUAAUGUCGAUCCUCGCCCACUGCCUGCAGCGUAAUGGUAGAUAGUGGAUCAAUUUCGCACAAUCAACCUGCCAUUGUUCCUAAAAGUUCUAAAAUGUUGCACAUACUAGCAAGUAGCAAACCAGUGAGCGAUUUGCCAAAAAAUAUUGCAACCGAUGAGCAAAGUUUGACGUAACUGAGCAUAAAAAGGGAAAUCAACAAGAAAAAAAGAGACGCAGUGUGAAAACUUAACACAAUUCGAUAUAUUUAUUUAGAUUCUUUUCGUUAUUGUAGGAAACCAAAAACCAAAAGCAAAAAACCCCGUAUCCUUAAUUGGUGUACUUCAUUAGAUUUAGUGAGAAUGCAACGAAGCAUGGAAAACAAACCUGAAAAAACCCAAUGCAUUGGAAGUCGAAAUUGAACUAAAUGGAUGAUAAUAAAACGAUUUCUACGCCUUAACGCAAUACAACAUUCGAA